CCUGGACUCUGCCUGCCCGUCAAGGCACUCAAGAGGAAGAAUUGGCAGUCUUUGUGUCCCUCAUACCCCAGGACGGGCCCCAACAUGUCUCAGGCCACCAAGAGGAAGCAUGUGGUAAAGGAGGUGCUGGGAGAACACAUGGUGCCCUCCGACCAGCAGCAGAUUGUGAGGGUACUUAAGACCCCAGGAAACAACCUGCAUGAGGUGGAGACAGCCCAGGGGCAGCGCUUCUUGGUGAGCAUGCCCUCCAAGUAUCGCAAGAACAUCUGGAUUAAGAGAGGGGACUUUCUCAUUGUUGACCCCAUCGAGGAGGGAGAGAAGGUGAAGGCUGAGAUCUCCUUUGUGCUCUGCAAGGACCAUGUGCGCUCUCUGCAGAAGGAGGGGCUCUGGCCUGAAGCCUUCUCUGAAGUGGCUGAGAAACACAGCAUCAGGAACAGACAGACUCAGCCUGAACUCCCAACCGAGCCCCAGUCUUCAGGAGAUGAAUCCAGCUCUGAAGAUGAUUCUGAUCUCUUUGUUAACACCAACCGCAGACAGUAUCACGAGAGUGAGGAGGAGAGUGAAGAGGAAGAGGCAGCCUGAGACCCCAGGCUUUCCACACUGCUUACUCAGAGACUAGUUCCUGGCUCCCCUGGGCUUGGACAUUCCCAGGGUGCCUUGCACUCAUCCCCCACUGGAUGGGGACACAGCCAGGCCCCUCUCUGAA